AUGAGAAAUGGAGAAGAACAAGAAAAAGUGAUGAUCCCUAUAUGUUCUAGGCUAAUUGUAAAUGAAACAGAGAGAGGGCUUAGAGGGUCUCCAAGGAGCAAGAUGGCUCUCUAUCGCCAUGCUUUUGCUAACAACAAUAGCAGCACCUUUCUUCCAUCCACAUCCUGGAGUGAUGUUGGUAUCCAUCAAAGGAGUAUUUUGACUCCAUAUUGCAGCUUGGUUGUGGCUUCAAUUUCUCAGAAGAUUCAGUCUUACUCUUCUAUCGAGGCCAAGAUAUAUACUACAAUGGCAAACUAUGAAAUGGUAUCCUCCAAGUUAAAUUCUGAAAAUUUGAUUUCCACAAGGCCAUCAUCAUGUUCAGCUAACUGGGAUCCAUUCAGACAACACAGUACCUCCAACUUGAGAAAUUUUCCUUCUAAAAAGUUUGGAAAUGAGGAUGAAUUCAGAUCCGCUGUCUCGUCCCAAGUAACAACUAUGUAUUGUAGAGACAGUCUGCGGAGAAAAGGGAAGGACAAACUACAUCAGUUGAGCUACACAUUGCAACUUAAAGAUGAUUAUACUGAAACAACUAACGGAAGUAGCACCAUAGAGCUGAAGUCGAGACAAUACUUGGAUAAACACAUAGAUGAGAGUCCAAAAGCAUGUCAUAGUAAUGAGGACCCUGUGAAAAAGUCUAUUUCUCUCACUUUAGCUAGAGUCAGGGAGUUUGAAGAUAUAUCAUCUAGCUCAUCAAAAAGAGUUGAGCAUUUUGAAUCAUUAAAGAGGAAACAUGCAUCUAUUAGUCCAGAAUCCAGAGGCAGACAAGUGACUGAUCUGAACAAAUUACACGGUCAAGAUGCACACUUCAACACAGAGCAUUUGCCUGCAGUGUAUGACAAAGAGGCCUUAAAAGAUGACCGUUUGUUAGAAUCUAGAAUCGGAUUAGUUGAAGACAUUUCAUCAAAGGGGAAAAUGGAAUCAUAUAUGAGGUCAUUUCUUGGGGAUGAUAAGUUUCCAACCAAGAUUAAAAAUAACUGUGAAAGAAGUGAAGAAAAUUGUGGGGUUAUGCGUGUUGGAAUUUCAGACAGGCUUGAAUAUCUCUCAGAUAUGGUGGAGUCACGUACAGCUGUAGAUAUAUCCCCUGAUGAUGUCAUGGGAGUACUAGGUGAACAGCAGUUCUGCAAAACGAGGGAAGCUAUUAUCAAUCAACAAAGAGCUUUUGCAGUGCAAGUGUUUGAGCUGCAUAGGCUAGUAAAGGUUCAACAGCUGAUUGGUGCAUCACGAGAUACAUUGUUCGAAGGAAGACCAUUUAUGCGAAACCCUGCAAUGAAAGCAUCCGCAGAAAAGAAUGCAUCACUCGAGGGAGCUAAGGAGCUAUCUCCUUCAAUUGUGAAAAUCAAACACCAUCAUCAGAAGUCAUAUACAAAUAUUGAAUGUGGUGAGGACAGUACAAUAGAAAAAUUGCCUCUUCCUUUUUUCAACAAUGAUACCAACAACAGAGGACUAGGUAUGCAAAAAACUAAUUAUGGUCAAUACUCAAGCAAAACAUCACCACCUUCUGAAGCCACCGAACCCGCCCCGUGGUGUUUCCGACUUCCACCAGGAAAUAUGUGGUUAGUUCCAGUGAUGUCAUCUUCUGAGGGACUCACUUGCAAGCCUUAUACAGGGUCAUGCCCUCAAAAUGGAGGUUUCAUGCCACCAAUUUAUGGUAGCUGUAGCCCUAUACAGAGCCUUGAUCCAGGAAACAAGAACUACUCAAAUGCAGCUUAUGGUGUUCCACUUUCUUAUCAACAAGGGAUUGGAAUUGGUGCACCACCGCCUUUGCUUCAGACUUAUUUUCCACCUUAUGCCGCGCCAGUCAUCAAUCAUUCAAGUCACGAAAAUCCUUUAUCUUUUGGGGAAAGUAAAUUCACCUGGCCUCAUCAAAGCUCAUGCAACAUAUCCAGCCAGACGAGGGAAGUAAUGCCACGUUACGUGGGGAACACUCGAGCUCCUGUACUGAAUGAAUUGCAGGGUAGUGCACCGAGCAGCCCUUCAGACAGGACCAAAGGCAAUGUGCUUCCCCUUUUUCCUUCAGCUCCUCGAGUUGAGGAACCUGCUCAAAAUGUUCAAAUGAGUGAGCAUCAGACGCGCGUGAUCAAAGCUAUUCCUCGCAGUUUUAGAUCAGCAACUGAAUCAGCAGAACGUAUAUUUUUGUCAAUACAAGAAGAGAGGAAGUCAAUGUAGAUACACACAUCAAAGAGGAAAAUUCAUAUACAUGCCCACUAACUAUCACACUAAAAAUUGUUUGAUAGUU